AUGGGUGAAAGGGCACCAGUUUCUACAGAGGAUACUCUAGUCCGUUAUGAUAAUCCAGUUUUAGUCACCAAACAACCGGAAAAAGCGCAACCACCAGCCAUUAGUACAGCAGCACAGCCAUGUAUCCCAACCGAAGCAAAACGCGAAACGGAGGAAAUUUUAAAUGCUAUCUUACCUCCUAAAGAAUGGGAAGAAGAUGGUCAAAUAUGGACCCAAAAGAUAUCAUCGACUCCCGCCACAAGACUCGAUGUAAUAAAUCUACAAGAAAUGUUAGACACUCGUUUACAACAGAGACAGGCCCGUGAAACCGGCAUUUGUCCUGUUCGUAGACAACUCUAUACACAGUGCUUCGACGAGUUGAUACGACAAGUAACAAUAAAUUGCGGUGAGAGGGGAUUAUUACUGUUGCGUGUACGUGAUGAAGCUAGAACUACUAUGGAGGCUUAUCAAACACUAUACUGUAGUUCCAUCGCAUUCGGAAUGCGAAAAGCUUUACAGUCAGAACAAGGUAAAUCAGACUUAAUGGAUCAAGUAGCCAAGCUCGAGGCUGAGCGGUCUGCUCUUGAGAAGCAAUGCACUGAAUUGAAACAGAAAACGGAACAAUUAGAGAGACGAGCGGCCGAGCUACGCGCUGCCGAAGAAAAGCGUCACCAAGAAGAACUACUCGCACUAAAGAAGACAAAUGCGCAAUUGAAGGCGCAACUGGAAGGCAUUAUCGCACCAAAGAAGUAGUCAAGAAUAUUAGAAUUAUUAAUAAU